AUGAGACACCUAUCGGCUAUGCUAUUCCUUGUUGGUGUGGCUGGAGCUAUCAUUGCUUCAAUCUCCGUCGUCUUCAAUAUGUUCCUCUUCUGUAUACUCGUACGAAAUAGACGUUAUCGAUCGUCAAGUUUGAUUUAUUUAACAUUUCUCGCCUUAGCGGACACUUUUCUAUCAGCAGCCUACAUACUCCUGUUCCCAGUGAAUAUCUACAUGGACUACUUUGCUUCUGAAUUUCUUGCAGCUGCAUGGUGGUCCUAUAUGAGAAUAAUAAUCACUACAUCACAUGUAUUCAUAUCGGCAUCCGCAUUUCUUAUUGUGGCUGCAGCAUUUGAAAGGUGA